UUCAUAAUACACCUGAAAAUAUUAUAAAUUCUUCCAGUAUAUAUUUCAUGUUAAAUGAUAUAAGCAGUCUAAGUAACUAAGUGCUGUGUUUGAGUCUUCGCAGGGGCGUGUGUGUUUUCUGGAGAACAGCGGCAGGCCGUUUUGGCUCCAGUUCCAACUCCAUCCAGUCUGCGCAGUCAACCGCCAGCAGCGCCACUGGGUGCUGGAGUAUCCCGAUGAAAGACUAGACUCCACGGAGAAACAGAUGUUGCUGCCAUGUACAACACCUGCAUCCAAAGGAGACCAGAAACUCAUCUGACUGACGUCCUUUUGCAAGCUUUCAGCUCCUUUAUUGUAGAAACAUUCAGUGACUCUCCUCCCAGACUGAAGUCCAACAUCAACCACUGCCACAGCCCACCCACUGAGACUCUUCACUCAUCCAGACAUACUUUCCUCUCACAGGACUGGCUUUAUUUUUGGUUCAUUCACAAAUGUCUACCUCACGAUUAAAAGACUACACUCCAACUCUGCAACCCUGAAAACCCUGAACAGGCUACAAAAUGACCUCAAGCAUUGACCGAGAUGACAGCAGCAUUUUUGAUGGGUUAAUGGAAGAAGAUGAAAAGGACAAGGCCAAACGCGUGUCCCGUAACAAGUCUGAGAAGAAACGCAGAGACCAGUUCAAUGUCCUCAUUAAGGAGCUGGGCACCAUGUUGCCAGGCAACACCCGCAAGAUGGACAAGUCUACUAUUUUGCAGAAAAGCAUUGACUUCCUGCACAAACACAAGGAAAUUGCUGCUCAGUCAGAAUCAACAGAGAUCAGACAAGACUGGAAGCCUCCGUUUCUUAGUAAUGAAGAGUUCACUCAGCUGAUGCUGGAGGCCUUGGAUGGAUUUUUCCUCGCUAUUAUGACUGAUGGAAAUAUUAUCUAUGUUUCUGAGAAUGUGACUUCUCUUCUUGAACACUUACCUUCGGAUCUUGUGGAUCAGAACCUUUUAAACUUUCUGCCCUCGGGGGAGUACUCUGAUGUGUACAAAGCUCUGUCCUCACAUGUCAUAGAGGGAGAGACUCUAACACCAGAGUACCUGAAAACAAAGAAUCAGCUUGAGUUCUGUUGCCAUAUGCUUCGAGGGAAAAUCGAUCCCAAAGCGCCUCCUGUGUAUGAAUAUGUCAAAGUCAUAGGAAACUUCAAAUCCUUGAAUAAUGUGCCUAACUGUAACCGAAACGGUUAUGAAGGAGUGAUCCAGCGAUCGCUUCACUCUACAGUUCAGGACAGAGUGUGUCUGAUUGCGACUGUAAGACUGGCCAAACCACAGUUCCUAAAGGAGAUGUGUGUUGUUGAGGAGCCUAAUGAGGAAUUCACCUCCAGACAUAGUUUGGAGUGGAAAUUCCUCUUUUUGGACCACAGAGCGCCACCCAUCAUAGGGUACCUCCCAUUUGAAGUCCUGGGUACUUCAGGAUACGACUACUACCAUGUAGAUGACCUGGAGACACUGGCCAAAUGUCACGAACACUUGAUGCAAUAUGGGAAAGGAAAGUCCUGCUAUUACAGGUUCCUGACCAAAGGGCAGCAGUGGAUUUGGCUACAAACCCAUUACUACAUCACUUACCAUCAGUGGAACUCCAGACCAGAGUUUAUUGUCUGCACACACACUGUUGUGAGCUACGCUGAAGUACGAGCAGAACAACGGCGAGAGCUUGGAAUUGAAGAUUCUCCCCCUGAGAUCACAGCUGAGAAGUCCCAUGAUUCAGGCUCCGAGUCCCAGCUCAACGCCUCCAGCCUGAAAGAAGCCCUGGAGCGUUUUAACCACAGCCGGACUCCCUCAGCCUCAUCACGCAGCUCCCGCAAAUCCCCCCAUACUGCCGUUUCGGACCCAGCCUGUGAGCACAAUCUACACUGCUGUUUAUCAUCGCUAAAUAUAUCCAAGAGGAUGAGUUUCUGUUUAUCUGAUGAAAUUUCUAUUUCAGCAUCGCAGAUACGGAUUCAGGGAGAUAGAAGUACACCAGGUCGACAGUCUGUCUCUGCUGUGGAAAUGACAUCACAACGAAGAUCGUCAGUCAGCAGUCAGCAAUCAAUGAGCUCCCAGAACACGGGUCAGAACACGGCACCCUUCAUGGUUUCACAACAAUCACAGCAGCAGCCUCAACAACAGCAGCAGCAACAACUUCAAAACAACCAAUCAGUGCAGUAUUCUAGCCAGCUGGAGGCCAUGCAGCACCUGAAGGAGCAGCUAGAGAAGAAGACCAGGAUGAUCGAGGAUAACAUUCAGCGGCAGUUGGAUGAGUUGCGGCAGAUCCAAGUGGAACUGCAGAGCGUGCAGGGACAGAGUCUGCAGAUGUUUCAACAGAAUGGGGGUGAAGGACUAAACCUCACUUCUGCUCAGACUCUUCAUGGCAGCCUUGGUCAGCAGGGAGGUGCACUGAGCAUGCAAGGCCAGGUGGUCCCUGCAGCACCUCUACAGAACAGCAUCCAGCAACAGCUGCCAGUCCAAGCCCAGUCCCAGCAGCAAACACUACUAAGGGACCAGAGCACCGCUCUGGCACAGUGUCAGCACUCGACACUAACUCUGCAGCCUCAACAAAAUCCCCUCCCUGGAUCCAUCUACAAUACUAUGAUGAUCCCGCAGCAAAGUCCAGCCAACAUGGUUCAGAUUUCCACAAGCCUGGCACAAAACACCGGACCCAGCACUCCAGCUGUGGCAACAUUUGCACAGGACCGUGCUGCUCCAAUAAGGUUUCCUACAGCUCCUCAGCUGCUGACUAAACUGGUCACGGGACAGAUUCCAUGUGGGGCAGUCAUGGUACCCACCACCAUGUUUAUGGGUCAGGUGGUGACGGCCUUCGCUCCUCAGCAGGGCCAGACUCAGGCCAUCAGCAUUUCUCAGCAGCAGCAGCAGUUACAGGCACAGUCCCAGGUUUCAGCCCUGCAGGCGGGACGGGCUCAACUGGCCCCGCAGCAGCCACAGUUCCUACAGGCUCCUCGGCUGCUUCAUGGAAACCAGUCCACCCAGCUAAUCCUCCAAGCAGCGUUCCCUUUGCAGCAGCACAGCACCUUCACUGCCCCGGCCCAGCAGCAGCAGCAGAAACAGCAGCAGCAACUGACUGCUCACCGACCCAACGGUCUGUCUACUCAGCCACAGUAGCUGAUUGAAGUAAAACUCAGACAUGGAGGUUUUGAAACAUCAUUGGUUCUACAGAAAACACAGAUGGGGUCCUGCCUCUGAGGCAGAAAAGAGACUGAUUAGAGACCGUCAGGCUACUCAAAACGACCUAUUGUUUGCAAAAAAAAAUUCCUAACGGGAAGAGUUUAGCAGAGAACCGGGACUGGGCUCGCUAUGACUCCGCCUUUAGAUUUGGACCACUAUGGAUUUAGGGUUUUAUCGUCAACAUCGCCUAGCAGCGCAGCAGGAGGAUCAGGCGGUUUGGAUGUUUAUUGCUGUUCUUGUGUUUUCUGUAUAAAAAUAAUUAUGGGUCAGAAAAUAUUUUUAUGAAUGUGGUGUAGAUGAUAGUUUAACUGUACAGAAUAUCAUGUGUAAUAUAUAAUGUAAAUAUACAGAAAAAGAAAUACCUAAUAUUUUAUAUGAUGCAUGAAAUGCAUAGUUGUUCUUUGCAGCUUUCAAUAUGCAUUUUUUUUUUUUUUUAAAGGAUUCUAAGAAAAACGAUCUUAAAUGCUCAGAGGGUCAUGUUUUCCAACUUGCUCUCUCCCACAGGGAGGUGUUUGUGCGUCUGCAUAGCAGACAAAGCAGAUACUGUUUGUUGUGUCCCAUUAUUUUAAUUCUUGACCAUUAUUUUUCGCAGUUUACAUCAACUGUUCAACUGAUGGGCACAUUUUUGUCCUUUUUAAAAGCUGUGCUAAACAUCCAAACAGUGGAGGCUGUAAACCCUGAGUGUCAGAUUUUGUUCAUGAAAUACAAACUACCUACUACCAAGAUGAAGCUAAAGCAGCUGUAAGAUUUGUCAUCACUGUCAUUCAUAUCGUAAUUUAUUUGUCUCACUUCUUUUCUGAUUUGUGCUUUCAGUCUCUCAUCUCUGAUGUGUCAUUCUUCAAAUUGCUCUGUUCCACAUUUCUAAAAAUAUAUGGAAAUAUUUAAAAGGAAA